AUGAGAUUUUGUUUCCUGAUCGGUUGUCUUGUAGCAGUGUGCAUAAUCCCACACUUGACGUUUUCCGCCAAUCAGUCGGUAAGGGUACAUAUUAACGUUCUACUGUGCAGCGAAUGAAUGCGAAAGUUAAAGCUGUUUUCCUUUUUUUUGCCUACAUUUCUCUCGCUCAACAAUGUUGAACAGACUCUCAGUCAAAGUAGUCAGAGGGAGUAUUACACUGUAAUUCAUACUGCUUGAAGCGCUGAUAAACUUAAAGAGUUCGGCUCUUGGUUUCAAGUAUAUAGAUCACUUUGACUUUUAUUGCCGGGGUCUUGUGACAGUUUUGGGAAAAGGACUACAAGGAAGUCCUACAAUCACGGGUUCUUUGAAAGUGAUUUGGAUCUUUAUUGGCCAGUUUACAGCCAUACUGACGAAAAUAAUUUGAAACUGCGCACGCCACAAGGUGUGAAACCAGUCCUGGCGAAACUUAGCCGUGCAAUUAGAAUGACGCAAUAGGUAUGUUACAAUUUGAAAUGAAGUUAUGAUGACACCUCUGGACAUAUUUGCUAAAGUCACCCUGUCAAACAAAAUCCAGUUUGUAACGCCUAAUUAGCGACAGGACACCAAAGGACCACAGGAAACCCAAUAAAUCGUAAGUGACUUAAUUGUAUGUAUAUAAAUUGCUUUGAAGACACAGAAUUCAAGUCACAUGUGCUGUGGAGUACCAGGGGUCCCAGGUGUUCCCGGUCUCAAUGGAAAAGAUGGGGCUAGAGGAGAGCAAGGAUAUGUGGGAGCACCUGGAAAAAAGGGUCCUAUGGGACCACCAGGGAAGGCUGGAGGAAAAGGACCUCAGGGGGACAAAGGCGACCAGGGAAAGCAAGGACCUGUGGGAACCCCUGGGAAGAAUGGUCUCAAGGGGUCUCCUGGUACGACUGGAGUAAAAGGCUCUCAAGGAGAUAAAGGCGAUCGAGGCCCCUCUGGUAUUGUCCCUCAAAGAAACUGGAAACAGUGCUCGUGGAAACCUUUGAAUGAUGACAGGGACAAUGGCUUGAUAAAGGCAAAAGCUAACCUUAGGUGGGUUACUAUACUGUCAAAUUGACACUUUUUUCUCUAAUCUGUAUGAUAAUAAUUAUAAUUUAUAUUUCGUGGCGGAUAACUGCUACACAUUCCUUUUUGCGCUACUCUUUUUCACUAACAUUUAAAAAUGUAAAAUAAAUAAAUAAGCCAAGUAAAGCGUAUGCCAUCAAUAAAUACGGAGAAUUGUGUUUGGACGGUUGUUUAAAGCAUUGCUGUUAACCCCAAGCCCCUAGCUACAAUCGUCAUCAUCAUCAUCAUCUUCAAACCAUUGAAUCGUUACAUUUUAUCUAAAUCUUUAAAACGACGAAAAUUAUAACUUUCAUAAUAAACAUUGUCAUAAAAUCUGAAAAACAUUUCUCAUAUUCAGCAUGCUAAUUUUUCUUGUUAUUCUUAAAGGAAUGCCAUUUUGUCAAGAAGGCCAAUAAUACAGCUUUGAAGGUCGAGUUUGAUGGCGAUUUCAGGAUUUGUUGCUGCGUGGGCUGUUGUAAGCGUUGGUUUUUCACUUUCAAUGGUGCUGAAUGUUCCAAACCAAACACAAUCGAUGCAGUUGAUGCUAUUGUUAGUCAUCUCAGGAACAAAGAUAUCAACAUUCACAAGCACAGUCAGAUUGGAGGAUACUGUGAGGGGAUUGGCAAAGGAACCGUGCGAGUUGGUUUGGCGGUGGGAGACUGCGGUCAUGGUUACAAGAGCGGUUCUGAUGCCUACACUGGGUACAUCUCCACCAGCCGCAUCCUCAUUGAGGAGGUACCACCACCCCAGUAGCUACAGAACUACGUGGUGUCUCCAUAAAGCAGCUGAUCAUGAAGAAGCCAUCGAAUGCAGUGAAGAAUUUGGAUGCUUUAGUUUAGUUUGCUUCUUGGUUGCUGAUUAAAAUCUGACAGGGAAAGUUAAAUAAAAUGC